AUGGGAGAGAAGGGGGAACCGGGAGGGGCGGGCCCCAUUGGACCAUCAGGACAGGAUGGAGACCAGGGACCUCUAGGACUACCUGGAGCUGCAGGCCCUGCAGGCCCCCCAGGAGAGGAUGGGGAUAAGGGAGAGACUGGAGGACCAGGCCAGAAGGGCAGCAAAGGAGACAAAGGAGAAUCAGGCCCCACAGGACCAACCGGUGGCCAGGGCCCGAUGGGGCAGUCAGGAGUUCCUGGUGUGGAUGGGGAGUCAGGUCCCAGGGGUCAGCAGGGAAUGUACGGGGCCAAGGGUGACGAGGGUCUCCGGGGCUUCAAGGGCUCCAAAGGACCCAUUGGACUACAGGGGAUGCCUGGUCUUCCAGGAGAGAAGGGGGAGAGCGGACACAUCGGCUUGAUGGGUCGUCCAGGUCAGUUUGGUCCCAGAGGGCCACAAGGGCCUAGUGGGGGACAGGGUGCUCUGGGCAGACCAGGUGGGGCUGGACAGCCAGGGGUAAAUGGAGAGAAGGGGGAGGAUGGAGAAUCGGGAGACCCAGGACCCGUUGGUGUAUCAGGAGGCAGC